AUUUCUCCUCCCCACUGCACUGUUCUCGCAUAUUCUUCAGCAACGGCAUGACCAAGCUGACCGUCGCCGACGAAGAGGUCUUGGCCAAGGACCGGGAAGAGCACCCCGAAUGCACGUACUCUACAACCAUCUCGUCAUCCUGUCGGAGCGUCCAUGGCGACCGCCAAUGCGAGACUCUUCGCCGUAUCUUCCGCAACUGCCCUGGUCGGCCACGAAAGUUGAUCCUGGAUGUGAAGGACGAAACCCAAGAUAACUCGGCAGAUUCUUCUGUGGAUGGAGAAUCGAGUGGCAUUUUCCCUGAUCCGUUCCAGCUAUUCCGUGGUAGAAGCGCGCAUAGCCAUGGCGACAACGAGAUGUCGCGUGAAAGUGGAGUCAUGGGCAACCCGUUCGACAGCAUGGACGACUUGAUGCAGGAAAUGCUACGCCCAUUUGGAUUCAGUUCGUUUGGGAACUUUGGGUUCGGCCCACACGACCAAGAGGACUCUGCUCAAUUCCCGUUCCAUCAACCACCACCACACAACACACCUCCCCCACAUCGAGGAUAUUCAAGGCACCCUCCAGCAAACGCGAAGGUGCCACCGAGAAACAAAGACAUGUUCGAUGGCUUUGACGGGCCCGUGGAAGAGAUUUAAGGUGCAAUGCAGUUCAAGGCCGCCAUCCUUCAGUCGUUGACUCGACAUGUACGUGGGUGAAAAGCUGCGACCCCGUUCGUCGAAAGCAUUGGCCGAGUUGGCACGUAACUUAGAAAUUCAACACAUCUCGCUGUGCCA